UGCCCGCAGUCCCCGCGUUCACCUCCCGCCGGCAGCGCCGUUCCCGGCCCCGGCUCCCGCGCAGCCGCAGGGCGGAGAAGCCCCGGCGCGUCCCGCGGCCGCCAUGGGCGUGCUGCCGGUGCCGGCGGAGGUGCGAGUCAUCCUGCUGGACAUCGAGGGCACCACCACCCCCAUCGCCUUCGUCCAGGAGACCCUGUUCCCUUACAUCAAAGACAACGUGAGGGACUAUCUGCGUGCUCACUGGGAGGAGGAGGAGUGCCAACGGGACGUCGGACUGCUGAGGAAACAGGCUCAGGAGGAUUCCAGCUUGGAUGGGGCCACGCCAAUCCCUUUGGAGAGUGGAAAUGGGGAAGAGGAGCUGGAGAGGAUCAUCCAGGCAGUGGUAGACAACGUGCACUGGCAGAUGUCUCUGGACAGGAAGACCACAGCCCUGAAGCAGCUGCAGGGGCACAUGUGGAGGGCAGCCUAUGCAACCGGGCACGUCAAAGGAGAAAUCUUCGAGGAUGUGGUUCCAGCCAUCAGGAAGUGGAGGGAAGCAGGGAUGAAGGUCUACAUCUACUCCUCAGGCAGCGUUGAAGCCCAGAAGCUUCUGUUCGGGUACUCUACAGAAGGUGAUAUCCUAGAGCUCUUUGAUGGCCACUUUGAUACCAAAAUAGGCCCCAAAGUAGAAAGUGAGAGCUACAGAAGGAUUGCUGCCAGUAUCGGGUGUGCCACCAACAACAUCCUCUUCCUGACAGAUGUCCCUCGAGAAGCCAGUGCAGCUGAGGAAGCAGACACUCACGUGGCUGUGGUGAUCAGACCAGGCAAUGCUGGACUGACGGAUGACGAGAAGUCAUAUUACAGCCUCAUCUCAUCUUUUGCUGAACUUUUCCUGCCUUCCUCCACUUAGGGAGAGUGGUGCAUGCAGAAAAGACUGUAUUUCACCUGGCUUGUCCUCGUGUAACAUUAGGUAAUUUUAUCCAUUAUCAGAAUUUUAGACCAAACCCACAUCAUGUCUUUUACCCGUGACUAGGGCAGGCUGGUAUGGAUGGACAGUGUGGUGUGGGGUCCCUCAUGCCCUACUGUUUCUCCCCUUUCCCAGCUACCAGUGAGCUCAGGGAUGCUUCCUUCAGACUCACCCACUGAAAUCUGGUGCCUCACCACAAGGUCCAUCGUUUUCAGAAACAGUUUGCAAACAAGCUGUAUGUUCCCCUGACCCAGAGGAACCUCUGGAGACCACACAGGCUCUUCCCUGCUCAUAUGGUUGGUGGCCAAGUCAAAACUCCCAAAGCUAGGGUGAGGACACCCAAACGAAAAUGCCAAAUGUGGGCUAUAAAACAGGAGAUUUGUGCUGCCACAGAAAAAGCCAGUCCUUGCAGACAAGCUCUUUAGACCAGGAACAACUUAAACUGGUGAAAAUCAGUACAACUGGCAUAUGGAAGCUGCUUAGAGCUACACAGCCAGCACACCAGAAUGAAGUAUAUAUAAAUACAGCUUGAAAAAUUAAAUCCUAGCCCCACCUGCAUGCUGCCUCAUGGUGCUGGGCCAUGGGAUCCAACUGGCUGAGCAUACUUCAAGAACGUGGUCAUGCUGACUGAUCUCCCUUAGCCCUAACCUGUGGAGCUCCUUCUCAGCAGCCAACACCAUCCUAGCACACAUUGGUAGCACUGGUCAGCUGUGAGCAGCCACGACAAACUCCUGAGGGACACAUCCUGAAUGCAUUUAAUGAGAAUUAAAACCCUGACUUUUUCACCUACCUACAUCGUGCCCGUGUCUAUGGUCAUGGAGCUUUUCCUAACAUCGUAAAUAAAAACAUAACUUGUUUUCAUUGUUAACUCCAUCCCAGUAUUUAGCCUUCCUGUGUAUCACCAGUGAUCCCAGCACCUACAGGCCAGUCUCUUUUAUCUGUGAACACUUCAUUUUCCUGCUUCAUCCUCCCCGGUCCAUUCUCUAAGGCAGACAAUCCUGUCCUGCUGAGGAGCUGUCUUACCUCCAUGGCCAUCUUAAUGAUUUCAGUAGGGCUUCAGUGGGAGUGCAGGAGUGAGAGCCACAGUUGUGUUGUUCCCAGCAAUAAUGGAGGCAGAAGCAGUCUGAGACCCCAGUUCCCUGCUGCUGGCAUUGUGUGCAUGGGUGUCACUUGCUACUUUCUCAUUUCUGCACAGCUGCUCUUCAGCUGACCCUCACACAUGGCUGAAAUAGAAUAUUGACCUGUCUGUUGCCUUCCUCAGCUCUGAUCUACACCUACAGCUACCCCUGCUGAGGGAGGCUGCUGUGUAGAGAGCAAGCAAGAGACAGGCAUUUUGGGAGGAAACCACAUCAUGCCAGCAUUGCCCUUCUAAAACUUGGAUGGUAGCAGAUAAGGCUGUGAGGCAGCUAGUCUGGAUGCCCUUCUGGGCUGCAUCCUGAGUGUCAUCCUAGCACUGUUACACCAAGUCUGUGUGCAUGGCUGAAUAGUCCCUGGCUUCCUCAAGUGUUAAUUUGAAUCAUGACACUGUAAAUACUCACCUUUUGUUCUGCUUUUCCCAUCAGAAAUCUCUGCAUGGGAUAGGCGACAAAAAUAAAGAUCACUUCCUUCAUCAAA